AUGAAGAUAUCAACCAUCCUGUUCUUGUUGUCAACUUUGUCACUUACUCAUGCGAUUGACUGGUAUCCAGUAAACUCAAAGGGUGAAAUACCUGCUGAUAUUAAACCAUUCACCAAAGGUCAAGAUAUUCAAUUUGACUGUACUCAAAGAAACAUUGACAAUGGUGAACACAAAUUCGACGAAAAGGAAAACAUCAUUUAUGGACCAUUCCCAAAAUGUAAAGAAACUGGCAAACCAUUGCUGUUGAAGUACGGUGUCAAUGAAGAUAUUAGUUGUACUAUUGAGUUCACAGAUGAGUUAUACCACUUGUUUCAAUUGUAUUUACAUGAAGAUGUCCCAUUCAGUUGCAGAUUACCAUUAUCCUCAGAACCAUUACUGAUAGAAAAAGGCGGUGCAUCAAUUCCAUUCACAUUCAGUUUCAGAGGCACAUUAUCUGAAUCACACAUCGAUAUUGAUCACUCAAUGAAUGUUCUUAUCACCAAGCCUUCGAACAAUGAUGAAGACCAGUUUACUUUUAUAAGUGCUAUUGCUUAUGGAGCCGGUACUAACACCACUAGGACUGUAAUUGGAGAUGAGGUUACCUUGAACUUUGCUGUCAGAUGGUUAGAUCAAUUAGUUCCUGCAAAUUCUAACCAGGGUGCCAAGUUACCAUUCCAGGAUGGGUUCUACAAAUUUCCUAUUGCUUUUAUUCCAAUCAGCUAUCCAUUGUUCUAUUCAUACAUACUACUUACUGUUUUCAUCACUUCAGUCUUGGUUAUAGUUUUCUCCUAUAGAUGGAUCAGCAACAAGAUCAAGAAACACAAGUACAUGCCAGUUGACAACGAAUCCAAACAAGAUUAG